AUGGGACAAAAGGCCUCGGUCCCUCAACCAGGGGCUAAGCUCCAGGUCAUAGGUGCAGGUCUCUCUCGCACCGGUACGGCAUCUUUCAGCGCCGCCUUAAACAUUCUCCUCGACGGACCUGUCUACCAUGGGGGUACGCAGAUAACAAUGGGCCCAUCAACCGAGAUCAAAUCAUGGAUCACUAUUCUACGCAAUUGGUUAUCAGGAAAGAACCAUCAGAAUAUUCUUGCCAUGAUGAAAGACCGCACAGAUGGCUACGUUGCUAUCACCGACGCGCCUGGCUCUCAGUUCGUACCAGAGCUCCUGGAGAUUUACCCCGAAAGCAAAGUCAUCUGUACAGUCCGCGACGCUGAUGCAUGGGUCAAGAGUAUGACCCAGAUUCAGGGAUUGGCUACACUGUGGUUUCUACGCGCCGUUCUUCUCCCACUGCCUGGAAUGCGGCACUUUGUUGACUAUAUCUCGCUCCUGCAAGCGCAGUGGGAUAAGGUGUAUGACGACGAGCGUGCCUUUGAUAUCAUUUAUGAUCGACACAUUGAGUGGUUGAAGGAGAUAGUGCCCGAGGAUCGACUGGUAUUCUAUGAUGUCCGGGAAGGAUGGGAGCCUCUUUGCAAGGCAUUAGGGAAGGAUAUACCCGAUGUUCCAUUCCCACGGAUCAACGACUCCAAGGCUAUUGAUCGGGUUGCGCAGUACCAUAUUAAGCGUGGGCUACUGAGAUGGGCAGCAGGCUUUACGUUGGCAGGUGCCGCUACUGCAUGGCUAAUGCGCGGGUGA